AUCCGCUACUGAUGGGCAGUGCUGCAAGGGGCAUGUCAGGAGGGCCGUCCUAGCCAAGAAAUAUUUGUUAUAACCAGACUCUUAAUUACUUAACUGAAGCGAUUAAACCUCUGCUUGGACAUAAGUCACUUAAUUGAUAACCUCUAAUGUGGAAUGGACAUUUUGUUAUAAAAAAAAAAAUCUCUUAAGUCUGCAUACCGCGUACGUAUAUAAACUGUGGGUUGCAGCUGUCCCAUUUAAGCGAUAUAGUGUAUUUGUACUGCAAUACCGCGUUACUGCACAUGUCAUACGCCUGCUUGCAUUGAAACCGUGAUUCAGCGGCUAGCAGCUUUCUAUCGUCCCUGUCUGCUGAAGGCGCGGUUGUGACGUCACAUGCCAUAUUGUUACAAAACUAGGAAGAUCUUGCAACACACGCAGAACUUUUUCAAGAGUGAAGUUUGAUAAGUAGUACCUGUACAUCUGCAAGAAGGUGUAUCUGGAGCGAUGCCCAUAGAUAAAGCUGAACGGCGUUACGAUGUAAAAGACCCUUUCGUUAAACUGCAAAAGAUACAGGUGCAAACCCCAUUGCAGAAGCAGGCCAUUGGAAACAUGAGGCGGAGGUCUGUGCGCAUUGCCUGCCGCCCGCCCAGGCAACUAGUGACUGACUCUACCAACGAAAGCAGCGAUUCCGAAGCCCACGUUCAAAGCAAGAAAAGGAGGUUACUUGGUGCUGGGGCAAGGGCAAGAGGACAGCUCCGAAAUGUGUCGCCGAAGGCAGGGUGCAGCCCUGAAAGUGACCCCCAAAACCAGACACCGUAUUCCAGCUUAAAAUCCAGGACGAGGGCAGCUUGUCCAGAGAAAGCCUCAAUAACCGUGGAAGUGCCUUCGGGCAGUGACAGCGAAUCACACAGCAGUGAGGACGACGGGUCUUUAGGACCAGGAGGUCUGUCUGCCUACGAACUGAAGCGGUUGAAGAAUAUCCAGCAAAAUAAAGCCUUUUUCUCAUUUCUUAACAUUCAAGAGACUACUGAUGCAUUGCGAGCCUUCUCCCGUAAGAGCAAACCACAAACACAAGGACUCAAACGACCUCAGCUUGCCCCUGUGAAUGCUGUAGCGACUCGGAAGUCACUGCGUCUGCAGAGACUUGACCCGGUGGAGGCCCCUGUGCCGGAGCAGCAGGACUUUGAAGAAGAAAAGACCUUGAACCAAUCAGGGCCUAUCGAAAUGGUGCCUGUCAACCUGGGAGCAAACGGCCGACUGCCUCAGAGUUUCUUGGACUGCUGGAAUGAGCCAUACAAAUGUGCAAAUGUAACGCAAAAAGUCAAUUUAAACGGGUACAAGUCGAGCCUAAUUGGAAUGACCCUCCAGGAAGACCACGUGGCUAAAGUUGUGAAAAAUCACAUCUUCUCUGUGGCAGUGCAUCCCUGUACCAGCACAGUGCUGGUGGCUGCUGGAGAUAAGUGGGGGCGUGUGGGACUCUGGGAUGUGAACAGUGAUUAUGGUGACGAUGGAGUGUACCUCUUUGAGCCCCACAGCAGGCCUGUGUGCUGCAUGUACUUUUCAGCUUCCCACCCAGCCCACCUGCUCACGCUCAGCUACGACGGGACCAUUCGCUGUGCCGACGUCAAUAAAGCCAUCUUUGAUGAUGUAUACCAAAGGGAAGAACCUUUGUCUUGCUUUGAUUUCCUUUCGAAAGACGGCUCCACCCUGAUAGCUGGGGCCUGUAAUGGGAAUGUCAUGGUCGUUGACAGAAGAGCACAGAGCAUGUCCCAUGAGCUGUUGACUGAGCUUGACAUCAUGGUGAUCAGGACUGUGCAUGUGCAUCCAGUGGACAACAAUUAUUUCAUGGUUGCGGGGAAAGGGAGCGUGUGCAUUUAUGAUGCCCGAUGCCUGAAACCCAAAGGCAGCAGGUCUGUGGCCUCCCUGCAGGGACACACCAAGACUGUGAAUUCAGCUUACUUCUCUCCUCUCUCUGGGAACAGAGUGCUGACCACCUGUAUGGACGACCGACUCAGGGUAUAUGAUUCCACCCGGUUCUGCUUGGAUGUUCCUCUUUUGGCUUCCAUUAGGCACAACAACAACACUGGUUGCUGGUUGACCAAGUUCCGUGCCGUGUGGAACCCCACACUGGAGGACUGCUUCGUGGUUGGCAGCAUGGCCCAGCCACGGCAGAUUGAGAUGUUCCACGAGUCCGGCUCCCUGCUCCACACCUUCCGUGGGGAUUGCCUUGGCUCCGUGUGCUCCAUCAACGCCUUUCACCCCAGCAGGAGUGUCCUGGUCGCGGGUAACUCCAGCGGCCGGCUCCAUGUCUUCAUGGGCUAACUGCAGCUGCACACUUUGGGCCAGAUGUACAGCACUACAAUAUUGUUUUGGGUUGCUCCACUUUGAAAUAAUGGCUUUCUGAGUGACUUGCAUGUAGUUUUUGAAGCAAUAGCAGUAACUCCUUUAUUUCACUUUGGGGGAGGUGUGGACCAUAUUUUGCACUGGAAAAUGUUAGUGUUUUGCAUUAAAUGUUAAUUAAAAAAAAAAAAAAAAAAGUUUUUCUAACUUUUAAAACUGUUCUAAUGUUAGCAUUUAUUUCUUUAAAUUAUAUAUGCACACACAUAUGUACAGUAGAUGCCGUUUAUUAAGAGCCCCUACCAUGUGAAUAUUGAGAAUAAAA